ACAAAAAAAAAAAAAAAAAAAAAUUUCAAACGCACAGCGCGAUGAAGCAAAAGAAAAUGACGCACUUUUCCAGCCAAGUUUUUUUCCUUUUUUCACCCCAAACUGCAAACGAAAAGGAAAAAUCAUAAAAUGCGAAAAAUGUGAAGCGGCGCAAAACGCAAAGCCAAAUCGCGUAACGCGGGACGAGCAGCAGGAAAAUAACAAAAUGAAGCGCGAUGGGAAGGAGGGCGCGAAAGAAAAUCCUGGCCACCUGCAAAAACGACAAAUGGUGACUCAGGGCUACCACGCGAAAUCGCCAAAUGAGGGGAAACACCAAAAGGGGGGAAACACAAACGAAGAGGAGAUGGAAAAAUUUACGAAGAAUGAACCAACCCAUCGCGACGAAUCGUCCACAUCCCGGGGAAACACGAACAUUGCCGAAUCGAAGCGGAAUCUGCAAAACCUGCUGGGGUCCUACUACUCCAGUGAUGAAGAAAGCGAAGGGGGGUCCCAACGGAGAGGGGACCUCGCGCAGGGAGAUGCCGCUGAGGAUGCCACGGAGGAUGCCCCUCACGAUGCCGCCCCGGAUGAGGAUAACACGGAUAGUCAAAGUGAGGGUGCCCCCGAUGAUGAAGGUGACGCACAGCAGGGGAAACAACAAACAGAACAGAAUAGAGGCAACCACGGGAAGACGCCAAAGGGAAAGGAGGAAGAGUCCCCCCCACCCCUGCGAAGUCCCCCCGAGGGAGAAGAAACCAAAAUGAAUUACGAAGAGGAAGAACCGGCCAGUCAACAGCAAGAUGUAAAAAAAAAAAGACGCACAUCUCCCCCGAGAUGGAAUAAGUACCAAAAAACAAGUGACAACGCAAGCGAAAAUAAAUCUCCACACAUGGCUGGAAAUGUUAACUACAAUGUAAAAAAUUGGCAAAGUUCAUUGCAUAGGGGAUGUAAUGCAGGCCCCACUUGGGGAGCCAACCCUACGCAGGUGAACUAUCAGCAGCCCCCGUGGGGAGGAAAAAGCUAUUUUCAUAAUAUAAAUUCAGGUGCAGGCAGGCAGUACCCUUAUGAUGGGAGUGGCCAGUAUGCGUAUAACUACGGCGCGCCUACUCCCCCCAAGGGAACCCCCCAAAGCGUAAGCGGCAUAGGCGGCCUAAACAGCAUUAGCAGCAUUAGCAGCCUAAACAACCUGUCGCUCACCAACUUUGGCUUCUCAACGAAGAAAGAAAUCAACGUGAGUCUGGAAAACAUCCCCGUGAUAGACCAGAGGCAAAUUCUGAGUGACUGGAAACCCACCAUCCCAGAGGAAAAAACAAAAAGCCAAAAAUACAACAUAAAAACGAAGGUGUAUAAUGCGGCCAGCAACACCUUCGAUAGGGUAAUCAUCCACGGGAAUAAGCAAAAGCGGAAGCAUCAGAUAAACUGGCUAGCAAAGGAGGCUGUGGAGAAGGAGUACGAAAUUUUGCAGAAGACCAACUACGGCAAAAGAAGGACCACGAGCGAUAAGUAUGGCUGGUAA